UCUAUCUUUACCACCCGCUGCUGAAAAAAGAGCUUUCGGAAAAAAACUGUUUAUUGGCCGCCGAUGGUCGUUGACUAAAAUACAUUUGGUGCCAGACUGUUUUGUUGCAUCUACAACCAUGGCAGCAUGCCCAAGAUACCCGCUCUACUGGGAGGAGACUGACUGCAUGAGCUACUAUGACAUGCUGUCUCUUCAUGAAGUUUUUGAAAUUGUGGGUUCCCAGUUGACAGAGACUGAUGUUGAAGUUCUGUCAUGCCUUCUAGAUGAAGCCUAUCCCAACAAACACCCACUUGAUCCAGAGGGGUGGAAUGUAGAAGUUUCACCGGACUCUGAUUUACCUUUAAAACCUCCUUGCCCACGCCUCCUAGAGGCCUGGCGUAGAAUACGUCCUAAGGGUAACCCAUGCCCCAUCGCUUCCCUCUGUAGGCCAAAGAGCGGUGUUGCUGUAUUGCUUGAACUUGAAAGACGUGGCAUCUUGCACGAGGGAAACUUAGAACCUCUGCUGCAGCUCCUUCGAAUCCUUACUCGACAUGAUCUGUUGCCUUUUGUCUCCACCAAAAAAAGGAGAACAGUGUCACCAGAAAGAGAAUCUGUAAUUUAUGGAGAAAGUGGAGGACUUACCCUCACAGAUUCACACACAGACCUGGCAUCUCAGUGGAAAACAGGUGUGGGUGCAACUGCCACGGCAUCUGCCCCAGUCCGAAGAAGAAGGGGAAGAGGCCGUGGCCGGACCAGAAAAACCAGAGACACCACAGAAACCACACCUCAGCCUACACCUAACAAAGUGACCUGUGAUAUCCGGCUGCGGGUUCGGGCCGAGUACUCUGAGCACGAGUCAGCCCUGCGAUCCCGGGUCUCCUCGGACAAGCAACACCCGCUGGAGCGCAAGUUCGAGCUGUUUAGCCGAGCCAGUAUGCUGCUGCGUGCCCGUGACCUUGGCUCUAUCGUAUGUGACAUCAAGUUUUCAGAGCUGCAGAACUUGGAUGCUUUCUGGGCUGACUAUCUAAGUGGCGCACUCCUGGAGGCACUCAAAGGUGUUUUUAUCACAGACUCGCUAAAGAGAGCAGCCGGUCAGGAGGGCGUGCGUCUGCUUGUCUGUGUGGACCAGGACGACUAUGAGGAGGGCAGGAGGCUUCUGCUAAACAACCAGCAAUACAGCACAGCAAACAGACCAACACAGAGGUCUUGAAGAGCGUCAUGGACACGGAGAAAGAGAAGGAAAUUCUUCAUGAGUUAUUUCAUUUCCAAUGAAAAGGCUAUGUAGGGAUUAAAGGUUUACAAAAAGGUUUGGACUCAUGUCUGGCAGAAUUGGAUACGGACACCUUACCAAAAAGUGAAGUGACACAGCUGUAUUAAUAUGUUUGUUGUCAAAAUAAGGGAACACAUGCCCAGACUACACACAUGAUGCUGCUGUGAAAUUGCAUGACGGAUCGGGUUUCUCUUUUUGAUUAAGCUACUGAUUAAUUAAAAAGAGAACAUAAAAAUACAUAUGUAUUUUAUGUUGUAAUUUAAAAGUAGCUGGGCUUUCACCAACAUUAUUUUUUACGAUUAGGUAUUUAUAUAGCAGAGGUGAGAUUAAGCUUUAGCAGCUGGUUUGUAACCAAGAGUACUAAAAUUCCACCCCAAAUCUUUCACCGCUCAGUUAUCCUUAUUUCAAAAAAAUGACCCAAACAUACAUAUACAGGUAUGGUGUCUUUUCUGCAAGCUGUAUGGUACAGGGCUGCUUGAUGCAGUGUAAUAAUUGGAUUAGUUUGUCUGUCUUAACAGACGACAGCAGUCUGAGUCCCAGGUCCAAAAUGACUGAGCAAUGCUCAGACAUGCCUGACAAGCCAAAUGUCCGUGUCCAGAGAACAAAAUGCGUGGAGAAAAAAUCACACAAUCACUUGAACAGAGGAAUGAAAUGAGUUGACUUAAACCACAACCACACUGGGCCUUUAUAUGUUUUGUAAUAUAAAUAUAUGGGUGAUUAAUAUUUGUUAUCUUUGUAUUGUUUUAGAAAAAAACUCUAGUUGUUCAUAGCUGAUCUGUCUGUACUUGGAGUUAAAAGGCCAGUGAAGUGUGAAAACUUCUGUCUGUUUUGUUUAAUCUGUUAAUUUAAUGGACACGUGUGUAGAAAAUUUUAUUUCAAAUUUAUUUAAAAAUAAAACAUCACAUUUGCCCAA